AUGUCUUUCUUCUCCCGAUUCUUCCGCCCUGGCGCCGCAUGGCGUGCCCUGACACCUGACGGUAGGAACCGUGUCGUUCUGGCAAUCACCACAGGACCAGUCGUAUGGUUCAAUGCUGGUUUUAGCCUCCACCGGAACAUCGAUACGAUCCUCAAAGAACGACACGAUCCCCCUCGGGAGACAGGCCCAUCGGUUCGUCCAGCGGAGGAGAAGAAGGAGAAGAAGUAA